UAUAUAGUAAGUGGUGACCUAACAUAUAGAUGGGAUACCCUCCAAUGGUAUUUUCACCUUUCUCGCUUAGAAUUUGAUGGCCUGUUUGUUUGCUAAGCUUUAAACUCACCUUUCUUUUUUCUCAACUCCCUCCCUCCCAAGAAAAAACCCAUCAUCAUCAUCACCACCUUUCUCUCUCACAGAAUCAAUGGAGAGGAAGACAGCAGCCAUUAAAGACCAGACAAGCUGCUACAGAAAAAGAAACACCAAUGUUAAGGAAUCAUCACCAUGGAGCUGCUGUAAUAAUCAGGGUUUUGGUAGUGGAGGAGAAGAUUAUCUAUCUGGGUUUUCAUGGCCGCCUAGAUCUUACACUUGUAGCUUUUGUAAAAGGGAAUUUAGGUCAGCUCAAGCUUUAGGUGGUCAUAUGAAUGUUCAUAGAAGGGACAGAGCUAGGCUAAGACAAUCACCACCACCACCACCAAAAGACCACCAUCAUCAUCACCACGGUCAGCCCCCUUUUUUGAACCUUAACCUUAACCCUAACCCUAACCCUAAUUUUUCCCCUCCAUCUUCUCUUACUCUUUCUACAUUCCCUCCUCCAUCUCCAUCACUGUCUCCGGCCAAGAAAUGGCUCUUCAUCGACCCUUUGAACUCGAAACCCUCUGAUUCGCGUAAAGGGGUGGAAAGAGACCGUCAUAGUAGCCUCGGCUCGAGACCGAUCCUUGGGGUUAAAGAACUUAAAGAUUAUGUAACUUUGGACUUGGAGAUUGGUUUGGUUAAUGAUUCUAAGCAAGAUUUGGACUUGGAACUUCGAUUGGGGUACUCAUAGUUCA